CAGGCUUCAAAGCGCCCUACCCAACACGCAACCUCACAGUUUACUCCAGGAGAGGAGGAGGAAACGUCCAGAGCUGAAUCUGAAGGUAGAAGCAACAUCUAAAAAGGGACCUCAUCUACAAUGUCAGGACACACACAGCUGUGGCUGCUCGUAGUAGUGGCUUGGCUAUGUGUUUUCAACACAGCGGCGUAUGCAAGCUACCCUUCAAUCUCUCUUCCUGACUGGAGGUCAAAUGCAGGUUAUCUUACAAGGUGUGAUUUUGAUGAUGAUACCGCUCCCUUCUGUGACUGGACUGCAGAGGGUCUAACCAGAAGCCAAACAAGACCAGGGAAAUUCUACCUCGCAAGGGAUCCUGGGAGCCUGUCAGGCAUGGCUCGACUACAGAGCAGGUUUCUGAACUCUUCUGAAGACUUGUGUCUGCAGUUCUGGUACUAUAAACCUCACCAGGACAGUUCUGAACUGCGCGUCUCGCUCAGUGAUGAGGUUCGGCAGACAGAAAUCUGGAGCUCUCUGGCUUCUGAAAGCCAUGCCUGGAGACAAGUGCUCAUUCCAUUGAGCUACUCACAUCUGAAUGGAGCGCAGAUUGUUUUUAGGCUUAUGCAGGGGCAUGGAAAUAAAGAAGAAAUCAUCUUUGAUAAGAUUGGCAUAUUGAGGGGACAGUGUGGCAUGCAAUGCCAGUCCGGCACCCAGCUUUGGACAGAUGAGUCCACUCAGUGUACCUGUACUGAAGGUCAACUCACCUGCACCCAAAUCAUCUGCGGGGAUGGUCAAACCUGCAGACAGGCCGUUACGUCCACUGUCUCAUCUGGCACCUGCAGAGUUGCCAGUGACCUCCGAUACAGAACCUUUGAUGGGGUCAACUUCCGUUUCAUGGGUCCAUGCGCUUACAUCCUCACAAAAGUCUGUGAUGGGGUCAGCGUGGUACCAGGCUUUGCAGUGGAGGUGCAGAAAGAGCAGAGAAGAAAUUCAUCUGUUUCCAUGAUCCAGCAGGUGAAGGUGAACCUGCAGGGUUUGAGAGUGACUCUGCUGAGGAGAGACAGAAGGAGGAUCAUGGUUAAUGGGAUUUGGAAGAAUCUCCCACUGAGUUUGUAUGGAGACACAGUAAAGGUCAGCGCCCAGGGACCAGUUGUGGAACUUCAGACGCACUUCAACCUGUCUGUCUCCUACGCCAAAUCCGGUGCCCUUCAUGUAACCGUACCCAACCAGUUCAGUGACAAACUCUGCGGCAUGUGUGGCAACUUCAACCACGUGAUGGAUGAUGACCACAAGAUGGUAAAUGGGUCUCUGGCUGAGAAUGGCCAGGUUUUGGGGCAAAGCUGGAAGAGUGCAGAUCCCCCGUGUGAGGAGCCCACCACGCCUAGCAUGUGUUCUGAGGCCGAGCAGCUGGAAUAUGCCAGCGAGGCUUACUGUGGCGUCCUGCUGUCACCCCAUGGCCCCUUCUCUGAGUGCCCUUCUGCUCUUGGUGCAGUGAGCUUCUUCAGGAGCUGUGUGUUUGAGAUGUGCUCCACACAAGGAGAUCCUGAGACCUUCUGUGAUGUCCUGCAGGCUUUUGCUAAGACCUGCAAUGAUGCUGGGAUUCCUGUGACGGGCUGGAGGAAUGCAACUUACUGUCCUCUGGCUUGCGGGGCUCACAGUCACUUUAACGCCUGCUCCAGCGAGUGCGCUGGCACUUGCUCCAUGCUGGAUGCCCCAGAGAACUGUGGGACCUGCGAAGAGAGGUGUGAGUGUGAUGAUGGCUUCUUGCGGAGUGGAGAAAAGUGUGUACCUAGAGAUGACUGUGGGUGCUGGGUGGAUGGACAGCACUAUGGGAAAGGAGAGACAUUCAUGCAGGGUGACUGCAAGAAGCAGUGCCUGUGUGCAGGCCAGGGCACUGUCCAGUGCUCGGAUGCUUCCUGUGUGGCCCACGAAGUAUGCAAAGUGAAGGAUGAGGUCUUGGGUUGCUUCCCCUCCAGCCCGGUCACCUGCAGCAUCUACGGUGACCCCCACUAUAUCACCUUUGAUGGCAAGGCCUACUCGUUCCGGGGUACCUGCAAUUACACCAUCGCUAAAACCUGCACGGCCACUGCAGCCUCGUUCACCCUAACGGCUCGGAAUGAAGGGCGGAGCAACUCUUCGUCCUUGAACUCAGUGGCUCUUGAAGUGGAGGAACUACACCUUGUCAUCAGGAAGAACAGACUGGUUUAUGUAAAUGGAAGUCAAGUCACUCUUCCUUAUUCACACAGCACCUCAGUCAAAGUAUUGCAGAAGGGUCCGUAUGUGCAGGUGGACACAAACUUUGGUCUGCGGUUCCUGUUCAACGGAAAUGACCGACUGUUCGUGCAACUAGACGAGAGACACAUGGGCACAACAUGUGGACUCUGCGGAACCUACUCCGGUAGUCAGUUUGAUGACUUCUUGACCCCUGAUGGCAAUGUUGUCCCAUACCCACAUGAUUUCGCUAGCAGCUGGAAUACUCACGACAAGGACUGGACUUGUAGCAAUGGCUCUGCAGAAGAUCCAGAAUGUCCACCUGAGCUGGACAGCGAAGGGUUCAGGGAGUGCAGCAAACUGUUAGGAGAAGCCUUCAAGGCCUGCCACUGGUUCGUGCCCCCUCAGAUCUUCGUGAACAGUUGUGUGAGUGACCACUGCACCUCAGGAGGAGACCUGUCCCAGCUGUGCACUUCUCUGCAGAAUUACGUGGCGGCAUGCGAGGUGGCCGAGGUGUUUCUGGCAGACUGGUGGAAGGACACUGUCUGUGCCGUAAUCCCAACUAGACCACCAACAGACCCCGCCACCCCAAAAACAACACAGCCCACCACUUCAACUCCACCUGCUGCAAGUUGUCCAUGGAGCUGUAACUUUGACCAAAAUGAAUGUGGAUGGGAGCAGCUAAUCCAGGACAGCUUUAACUGGACAAGGUGGUCUGGGCCAACGCCCACUGACUACACUGGCCCAACCAGUGACCACACUACAGGAAGUGGCUACUAUAUGUAUAUAGAGGCCGAUGGAGUCCACUAUGGUGACUCAGCCCGUAUGAUGAGUCCAGUGUGCAAUACUCUGGGCACCCAGUGCCUGACAUUCUGGUAUCACAUAUAUGGUUGGGCGACUGCAAUGGCACUAAACGUUUAUAAGCUAGAUGGCAAUCAAGCCACCAAAAUCUGGUCCAGGCUCAAUAACCAGGGCAACAGCUGGCAACUAGCCCAGAUAGAGGUCAACUCACAGGGACCAUUCCAGAUUAUUGUGGAAGGCAUUAGGGGUUCGGAUGUUGGGUCAGACGUGGCAUGGGAUGAUAUUGCAAUGACAUAUGGAAAGUGUGGAAAACUAAGUGUGAGCCUAAACCCUGAAACAUCUUCACCAACCCAUGGAAACCAGGCCUUUAUAACCCCAGCUCUGUUUCCCUCAGCUCCAUCUCUGCCAGGAAGUUCCAGCAGCCAUCCAGUGUGCAGAAUCGACUGUGACUUUGAGAACAACCUCUGCACCUGGAAUCAGUUACUGACUGAUGUUUUUGAUUGGACGAGACACAGUGGCUACACCCCCACGCCACUGACUGGUCCUUCCUUUGACCACACAACUGGAAGUGGUCAUUACAUCUACAUUGAGGGGGACAGCGCCACUCAUGGCGAUACAGCACGUCUCCUCAGUGAGGAAUGCACUGACCAGCAGCCACAGUGCCUGCAGUUCUGGUACCACAUGUAUGGUUCCAGCUGGACCAUGGGCCUGACUGUCUACCUGCUGCAUGGAAACCAGGCCUGGGAGGUCUGGAGAAAGACAGAAGACCAAGGGAACACCUGGCAUCGCGCUCUAGUCAACCUCAUACCAGAGGGCAACUUCAAGAUUAUCUUUGAAGGACGCAGAGGUGAUAAUGCUUGGUCUGACGUGGCUGUGGACGACAUCUCUCUACACAGAGGAACUUGUGAAGAUGUAGUCCAAACCACAGCUGAGCCUGUCCACACCACAGCAAAGCUGUUCCGCACUACAGCUGUGCCUGUCCACAAUACAGCCGAGCCUUUCCAAACCACAGCCGAGCCUUUUCAAACCGCAGUUGAGCCUGUCCACACCACAGCCGAGCCGGUCCACAUCACAGCCGAGCCUGUCCAAACCACAGCCGAACUUGUCCACAUCACAGCCAAGCCUUUCCAAACCACAGCCGAGCCUGUCCAAACCACAGCCGAGCCUGUCCACAUCACAGCCAAGCCUUUCCAAACCACAGCCGAGCCUUUCCAAACCACAGCCGAGCCUGUCCACAUCACAGCCGAGCCUGUCCAAACCACAGCCGAGCCUGUCCAAACCACAGCCGAGCCUGUCCACAUCACAGCCAAGCCUUUCCAAACCACAGCCGAGCCGGUCCACAUCACAGCCGUGCCUGUCCAAACCACAGCCAGGCCUGUCCACAUCACAGCCGUGCCUGUCCAAACCACAGUCGAGCCGGUCCACAUCACAGCCAAGCCUUUCCAAACCACAGCCGAGCCGGUCCACAUCACAGCCGAGCCUGUCCAAACCACAGCCGAGCCUGUCCACAUCACAGCCAAGCCUUUCCAAACCACAGCCGAGCCGGUCCACAAUACAGCCGAGCCUUUCCAAACCACAGCCGAGCCUUUUCAAACCGCAGUUGAGCCUGUCCAAACCACAGCCGAGCCUGUCCACAUCACAGCCAAGCCUUUCCAAACCACAGCCGAGCCGGUCCACAUCACAGCCGAGCCUGUCCAAACCACAGCCGAGCCGGUCCACAUCACAGCCAAGCCUUUCCAAACCACAGCCGAGCCGGUCCACAUCACAGCCGAGCCUUUCCAAACCACAGCCGAGCCGGUCCACACCACAGCCGAGCCUGUCCAAACCACAGCCGAGCCUGUCCAAACCACAGCCGAGCCGGUCCACACCACAGCCGAGCCUGUCCAAACCACAGCCGAGCCUGUCCAAACCACAGCCGAGGUGGGCCACACCACAGCUGAGCCUUUCCAAACCAAAGCCAAGCCCGUCCAAACCACAGCCGAGCCUUUCCAAACCACAACCGAGCCUUUCCAAACCAAAGCCGAACCUGUCCAAACCACAAUUGAGCCUGUCCACUCCACAGCUGAGCCUGUCCACUCCACAGCUGAGCUUUUCCACACCACAACUGACCCAUACCACAGCUGUGUAACUAAGCCUGUCCAAAUCUCAACUGAGCCUGUCCACACCACAGCCGAGCCUGUCCAAAUCUCAACUGAGCCUGUCCACACCACAGCCCAGCCUCUCCAAACCACAGCCGAGCCUCUCCAAACCACAGCCCAGCCUCUCCAAACCACAGCCCAGCCUCUCCAAACCACAGCCGAGCCUCUCCAAACCACAGCCGAGCCUCUCCAGACCACAGCCGAGCCUCUCCAGACCACAGCCAAGCCUCUCCAAACCACAGCCCAGCCUCUCCAAACCACAGCCCAGCCUCUCCAAACCACAGCCGAGCCUCUCCAAACCACAGCCGAGCCUCUCCAGACCACAGCCGAGCCUCUCCAGACCACAGCCAAGCCUCUCCAGACCACAGCCAAGCCUCUCCAAACCACAGCCGAGCCUCUCCAAACCACAGCCAAGCCUCUCCAGACCACAGCCAAGCCUCUCCAGACCACAGCCGAGCCUCUCCAAACCACAGCCGAGCCUCUCCAAACCACAGCCAAGCCUCUCCAGACCACAGCCGAGCCUCUCCAAACCACAGCCGAGCCUCUCCACACCACAGCUAAGCCUGUCCAUGCCACAACUGAGCCUGUCCACACCACAACUGAGCCUGUCCACAGCACAACUGAAUCUUUCCAAACCACAACUGAGCCUGUCCACACUACAACUGAAUGGGACCACAACUGUGUGACUAAGCCUGUCCACGCCACAAGUGAGACUGUCCAAACUACAGUUGAGCCCAUCCAGACUACAGGCUCACUAGAUACUGUACCGUCAUCUACUUCAACAACAGCCAGACCAGUUGAAACAACAGCACCAAACACUACAACUACAACCACAACAACAACUCCUCAACCAACGCCCUCUUGCCCAAUUAAUAGCCACUAUGCGAACUGCAUGCCCACCUGCCAGCCAACUUGUGAACAACUGCACGGAGCUCCAAACUGCAACACAGCCGACUCAUGUUCGCAGGGAUGUGUUUGUAACGAUGGCUUUGUUCUCAGACAGAGAGUAUGUGUGCCCAUCUGGGAGUGCGGUUGCCAAGAUGACAAUGGCGACAACCAUUAUUUUGGUGAGACAUGGUACAGUCCUCACUGCACUCAGAAAUGUGAAUGUAAAAGAAAGGGCAGUCAAGGGGAGCUGAAAUGUAAGGAUAAGGAGUGCGACAGUAAUGAGGUGUGCCUGAUGAGCGAGCAGGGAGAAUACAGCUGCAAGUCUGCAGAUUUCAGUACGUGCUCCAUUGAUGAUGAUCCUGAGUACAUACCCUUUGACAACUUCAAGCACAAAUUCAAAGGCAAGUACUCGUACGUGCUGGUCCAGACCUCCAACCUGCCAAACAACGUUCCAGAGGUCUACAUAGAGGGCAUUAACCAGAAAAGCAGAGAGCAAGAAAACAGGGAUGAAGACUAUGAUGAUGAAGACCUAGAUGGCAGGGAAAGGGGUGACGAUGGUGACAGAAGUGAAGUGGAUGGUGACAGCAGUGAAGAGGAUGAUGAUGAUGAUGACGGUCGUCUUCGUGCUCUCAGAAUGCGAGUGUACAACCACACGGUGGAGUUUAGAGAGGGCAGAAGAGUGAUGGUGAACGGGGUGCUGGCCAGAGCCCCUGUCUUCCCCACCCCAGGAUUAAAGAUUUUGGAGCGUUCUUCUCAUCUUUACCUCCAGACAGACUUCGGCCUCUCUGUAGAGUUUAAAGGCAAAGGCAAAGCAGAAAUCUCGUUGCCUGACACGUAUAAGACAAAGGUCGGCGGACUCUGUGGGAACUACGAUGGCAGGAAAAACAAUGACAUGAUGAAGCCGAAUGGUCAGCAGGCGCAUAACGUGAAUGAGUUUGGAGAAAGCUGGAGAGUCGUGGCGGAGAAAGCUGCAGUCAGACGGAGACGGUCUUCACCGCUCUACGCUCUCCUAGGCCUACGCCAGUGAGAAGGAAAUGAACAAUAAUAUUCUGUAUUAAACCGUUUAUUAAAAUAUUAAAUUGUUCAUUCAAACUGAUUGUAAUUUUUUUCUUCAUUCCUAUCCGUCUUGUCUUAUGAAGGCUUUCUGUAUAGUGUAUAACUGGAGAGAAAAGUUGACUGGUUUAUUUAUACGUGUAUCUAUUUUGUGUUUCGGGGUGGGGCACUUUUUAAACUAGACAGGUUUCAUUUACACAUAAUUCAGCUCUGUGCAUUAAAAUGAACUCUGUAUGUUUUGUUUUUAAUUUCUCGCAUAAAGUCUUGGAAAACUGCUAUUGUGUACACAUACAACACUCUUUAUCUCUUGAAUGUGAGUGGGUGGUCAUAUGUAAAUGUUUCAUGGUUGUGACUUUAGGUCACUGAAGUAUUAACUAUUUUCAGAAGAAUGUCCAUGUCAUUGCUUUCCAAAAAAUAAAGAAGAACCUCAGUUUUUUCCCGA